AGGAGGGUCCAUCCGAUACGCAUCUCAUCAUCCUUUCAACGUCAGUAACUCGCCGUGAAUGACCGAUAGAAUCCUAUAAAGGCGAAAAUGUGAAGUAGCCAAAAUAUGUUGGUGAUAGGUGGACCAAUUCUACGGAGUCUGGCUUCUUCUCGUACAAAAGGCACUCGGCUUCUUCACAGAUUGUCGAACAUGGGUGAGAUUACGGGCGGGAAUAGUGAAAAUAAAAUCACCCGUGUUCUUUUUUGUGGGCCGGAUUUUCCUGCUUCUCAUAAUUACACAAAAGAAUAUCUGCAAAAGCACCCCUUCAUCCAGGUUGAUGAUGUUCCCUUGGAUGAUGUGCCUAAUUCUAUAGCAAAGUAUCACAUGUGCAUUGUGAAAAAAAUGAAGCUAGACUCGAAUAUUAUCUCUCGUGCAACUGAAAUGAAGCUUAUAAUGCAGUAUGGUGUUGGUCUGGAAGGUGUUGAUAUUGAUGCUGCUACGAGGUAUGGAAUCAAAGUUGCUAGGAUUCCAGGUGACACCUCUGGAAAUGCAGCAUCGUGUGCAGAACUAUCUAUAUAUCUCAUUCUGGGUCUUCUUCGAAAGCAAAAUGAGAUGCAAAUUUCUGUAAAGCAGAGAAAGCUUGGAGAACCACUUGGUGAAACACUCCUUGGAAAAACAGUGUUCAUUUUGGGGUUUGGAAAUAUUGGGAUUGACUUGGCAAGUCGUUUGCGUCCGUUUGGUGUAAAAAUUAUUGCUACAAAACGGAGCUGGGCAUCACACUCACAAGAUUCUUCCCAGUCUAAUGGAGCUCCAGUUCAAAAUGGUAGCACAUAUGAUUUGGUUGAUGAAAAAGGUGGUCAUGAAGAUAUUCACGAGUUUGCAAGCAAAGCAGACAUCGUUGUUUGCUGCUUAAGUUUAAAUAGUGAAACAGUUGGCACUGUAAACAAGUCAUUCAUAUCUUCAAUGAGAAAGGGUGCCCUUUUAGUAAAUAUUUCUCGAGGGGGUCUUCUGGACUAUGAGGCUGUUCUUUAUCACCUCGAGUCUGGCCACUUAGGAGGCUUGGGCAUUGAUGUUGCUUGGACUGAGCCAUUUGAUCCUGAUGAUCCAAUUUUGAAGUUCAAGAAUGUUAUAAUCACACCUCACAUUGGUGGAGUUACAGAACAUUCUUACAGAUCCAUGGCUAAGGUUGUUGGCGAUGUUGCUCUUCAACUUCAUGCAGGUAGUCCUUUGACAGGUAUAGAAUUUGUCAACUGAAUUCAGUCAAGAGAAGUGUUUGAUCGUGCAGCUAUUAUUGGUGGAGGAGUUUGAUGGGAUUUCUGUCAAUUGAAUGGAGUUGUAUAAGUGAUUAGAUGAUAAAGAAACCUCCCAAACUGAAUGAUAAAAACCCUUUCUCCCUUUUCCCCCGCUUUGAAUAAAAAAAUAAAUAAAUUAAAAAAAAGAAGAAGUUUUUUUGGGAUUUAA